CUGCCAUUCACCCACUUUCAAGCGACUCUUACAUUUUUUUUCUUUAUUUUUUUGUUGUUGUUAAUAUUAUUAUUACUUUCGUAAGUUUCAACUCCAAGAGAGAUGGAACCGCACGCCGUUGAACGCUCGAGAUUUCCAGAGAUGGAACCGCACGUGACGGAGGAGGAGCUGUCGACUUCUGCGCUGUGGGACUGGAGUGAUCUCCUUGACUUCGCCACAGAUGAUUGCUUCGAUCUUCCUGUAGUCGCCGAUCAAAUCGAGUUAAAUCCUGAACCGGAACCUCAACCAGAGCCGCUGGUUUUGUCUUCGAAUAAGGUGAGGAAACGGGACCCAAGGUUGACUUGCUCAAAUUUUUUAGCUGGUCGGAUCCCUUGCGCGUGUCCGGAGGUUGACGAGUUCCUUGCGGAGGAGGAAGCGACUCUGCCUGGGAAGAAGCGUGUGCGGACGGUGCGGAGCGGUUCGGGCCAGGCUAGGUGUCAGGUGCCAGGUUGUGGGGUGGAUAUUAGUGAACUUAAAGGUUAUCAUAGAAGGCAUAGGGUUUGUCUUCGGUGUGCAAAUGCGAGUGCCGUUUUGCUUGAUGGUAAAAGCAAGAGAUACUGUCAACAGUGUGGCAAGUUUCAUUUAUUAUCAGAUUUUGAUGAAGGUAAAAGAAGUUGCAGGAGAAAAUUGGAGAGACACAACAAUCUACGGCGAAGAAAAUCUGUCGAAUCUAAAAUUGCUAUGGACAAUGAACCUUCAGGAGCAACCCAGAGUGAAGAUCUUGGCUGUGACAGUGAAUUAGGAAAAGAUAGUAUUUGCUUGAGUAGCCAGAUAACUGAUCAAGAACCUUUUCUUGAGUCUGAAGAUGGCCAUGUUUCCACUCUUCACUCAGGACCUAAUUCCCAGAAUGUUAACAGUGAUAGUGGAGUGUCUUUCGCUCCUUCUGGUGAAAUCCAAACUGAUGGAGGAAAAGAUGACUCUAAAGGGCACUCGCCUUCCUAUGAUGACAAUAAGAGUGGUUAUUCCUCCUUGUGUCCAACAGGUAGAAUAUCGUUCAAGCUAUAUGAUUGGAAUCCUGCAGAGUUUCCUAGAAGACUACGACACCAAAUAUUCCAAUGGUUGGCCAGCAUGCCACUUGAGUUGGAAGGGUAUAUUCGCCCUGGAUGUACAAUCUUGACUGUAUUUAUUGCCAUGCCAACGAUAAUGUGGGUGAAGUUAUAUGAAGAUCCUGUAACAUAUCUGCAUGACUUUGUUGUUACACCUGGAAGGAUGCUAUCUGGAAGAGGCAGUGUCCUUGUUCAUCUGAAUGACAUGAUUUUCCACAUUAAAGAUGGAAAUUCUGUGAUGAAAGUCAAUGUAGAGGUUAAGGCCCCAAGGCUUCACUAUGUCCAUCCUACAUUUUUUGAGGCUGGCAAGCCCAUGGAGUUUAUUGCUUGUGGAAGUGAUUUGCUUCAACCCAAACUUCGGUUUUUAAUAUCUUUUGCUGGAAAGUAUCUGCCUUAUGACUGUCAUGUUGCAUCUUUGCAUGGUCUAAGUGAAGGGAACCCUCGUGCUUUUGACCACCAGUUGUACAAGAUAUAUGUACCUCACACUGAACCAGAUCAUUUUGGUCCUGCAUUUAUUGAGGUUGAGAAUCAGUCUGGCUUAUCAAACUUCAUACCUGUACUCAUUGGGGACAAAGAAAUUUGUUGUGAAAUGAAGAUAUUACAGGAUAGAUAUGAAGCUUUUCACUUUCCUGAGAGAGCUCCAUCCGUGGCUAAUGGUUCUCUUCCUGAUUUGUGUGAGGUUUCUACAUUCAGGCAAACAGCUUUCACUGAACUUGUUUUAGACAUAGCAUGGUUAUUGAAGAUACCGGCAUCAGAAAGCUUUCAACAGUUUAUGUCCUCUUCACAAGUUCAGAGAUUUAAUUCUUUGUUUAAGUUCCUGUUAAACUAUGAGUCAACUGCCAUUGUGGAGAAAGUGUCACAAAAUUUGAAGAUUUUAAUGGAUAACAUGGAGUUGAACAGAGCGGUCAAGGUUGCCAGUGACUCUGAUUUGAGGCUACUGCUUGUGUAUAUGGAUAACGUGAGAGAUAUUCUUCAUCAUAAACUUCAGAAAAAUGGAGAUGUAAUUCCUCACUCUGGAAACAUUGUAACAGAAAAGAGUCAUUGUUCUGAAAGCUGCUCCACAAGCAAUGUGCUUGUUUCCAUUACCAAUCAGGAUUUAGAGAAAGCACUGAACGGUAAGGUUGGAGCAAUGGUGGCUUCAAAUGCUGGGGGCGAAAUUGUUCCACUUUUGAGCACAGAGGUUGUCAUGAAUGUGAGCCUUGCCAAAGAAUGGCGGAGGAAAUCAUGUGGUGGCUUCUCAAGUUCUCGGUCGACUAUAUUUGUGGUCGCAGUUACUGCUGUUUGUUUUGGAAUAUGUGUGGUCCUCCUCCACCCUCAUAAGGUUAGUGAUUUUGCAGUAUCUAUACGCCGAUCUUUGUUUGGCAGUCUUUAGACAUUAAAAAGGUAGCCGAACCAAACAAUUACUAUCACCUGUUUAUCUUAUCAGUGCAUAUAUGUAAUGUAAACCAUAUUUGAUGAGAUAAAAUCAAGCUGCCUGAAGCACCAGUAAAGUGCUAUUGAGUAGGCUGAUUGAGUUGGGGGCUUCAUUUUAGAGAUUGAGUUCUCCAUUCUGAUUCAGUUGAAGUGAUUCAUGGGCUGUACUCAGAAUUAGGGUUUGACAUAACUUCCUGUAUUUCUAAAGAUGAACACUGAUUUUUCCAGUAGCAGGAAACUGUUUGAUGACAAAUUUGAUUUCUUGGCUUAUAAAUAUGUUGUAGCAGUUGUAAUAGCUUUUGAUUUCAACUUAGUCUAUUGUAUGCGAUUAGAGGCAUAUUUAUGUUGCUCUUAGUGUGAUCCUAAAGAUUAUU